CAGUGCACCGAGCGGGGUCCCCGGGCCUCUGCCGAGGUCCCGGCAGGACGGAGAGGGAGGUGUCUGUCGCCCCGCUGAAGCGGGGCCCCGGGGUGAGCAGCCGUCCCCCCUUGGGCUCUCCCGUGUCCCGGCCGCGGCCGGGAGCGCACCCGCCUGCCCGGGGCUCGGCCCCCCACGCUCAAUGCAGCCUCUGUUCGCAGCUCGGGCUGCUGAAAGGCACAUUGAGAGCCCCGCGCUGCGGCCGCCUGCGGGGAGCCCGGCCCAUGCCCAGCGCCAGCCCCGGGGCCCCACCGCGGCCGGUGACGGGCCCGCUGGGGACAGCCCCGGGCCCGCGGCUGGGGACCCCUCUGCCCUGCCCCGGGCUGGGGGUGGCUGCCCGUGCUGCAAGGGGGUGAGAGCGGGCGGCGCUGGGGCAGCUGCCGGUCCCGGGGAGCUGCUUGCUCCCUGCGCAGCCUGGAGUGCCCGUCUGCAGGAGCCCGAGGAGCUGCCGCGUCCCCUGCGCUGCGUGGAGGGAGGUGGCGGGGAGAGGCACCCUGGUGCCCUGGCCCCACGGGUGGGCACAGCCCAGGGUGGGCUGGAGGUUCUCCUCGCCCCCAGUCUGAUGCCCGUCCCGCCCUGCCAUGAGUCUAUGAGCCCCCUCCGGAUCAGCGUGGGUGGUCUGCCUGUCCUCGCGUCCAUGACCAAGGGUGCUGAUCCCCGCUUCCGACUGCGCUGGAAGGCCAUCGUGCUGUCGUCAGCCUGUGUGGGGUUUGUGCUGCUGCUCUUCUGCCUGCACCGGUCCUCCCCGGCACGGCCCAUCCCGCCCAAUCCUCGCAACUGGCAGCUCAGCCUGCAGGCAGGGGACCGCUACAAUGACACCUACCCGCUGUCCCCACCCCAGAGAAACCCCGAGGGCGUGCGCUACCGCAUCGGAGUCAUUGCGGACCUGGACACGCAGUCCCGGGGCUCUCAGGAGCACACCUGGUUCAGUUACCUGAAGAAGGGCUACCUGGUGCUGUCGGACAGCGGGGACAGCGUGACGGUGGAGUGGGACAAGGACGAGAGCGUGCUGCAAUCCCACCUGGCUGAGAAGGGCAGGGGCAUGGAGCUCUCCGAGCUGGUCGUCUUCAACGGGAAGCUGUACGCUGUGGACGACCGGACAGGAGUGGUCUACCAGAUUGAGGGCAACAAGGUGGUGCCCUGGGUGAUCCUCCCGGAUGGGGACGGCACAGUGGGGAAAGGCUUCAAGGCGGAGUGGCUGGCGGUGAAGGACGAGCACCUGUACGUGGGGGGACUGGGAAAGGAGUGGACCACGACAACGGGGGAGGUGGUGAACGAGAACCCUGAGUGGGUGAAGGUCAUCGGCUACAAGGGCGACGUGGGCCAUGAGAACUGGGUGGCGAACUACAACGCACUGAGGGCCGCGGCGGGGAUCCGACCCCCAGGUUACCUGAUCCAUGAGUCGGCCUCCUGGAGCGACACCCUGCAGCGCUGGUUCUUCCUGCCGCGUCGUGCCAGCCACGAGCGAUACAACGAGAAGGCGGAUGAGCGGCGAGGCACCAACCUGCUGCUGAGCUCCACCCAGGACUUUGGCGACGUGACGGUGGGACGCGUGGGCGAGGUGGUCCCAACCCAUGGCUUCUCCUCCUUCAAGUUCAUCCCGGACACGGACGACCAGAUCAUUGUGGCGCUGAAAUCAGAGGAGGACAACGGCAAGAUCGCCAGCUACAUCAUGGCCUUCACACUGGACGGGCGCUUCCUCCUGCCUGAGACCAGGAUCGGGAGCGUGAAAUACGAGGGCAUUGAGUUUAUUUAACUGACUUUUGCACAGGACCGGAGGGGUGAGGGAGGCCGAGGGGCGCUGGGGCAGGCCCUGCCAGCACGCCCCUAGCCGCACGCACGCCCCGGGCUCGCCCGAGGGAUGCCGGGCAGUGCUCCCAGCUCUGUAGUUGGCCUUGGCGUCCUCUGUAAAGCGUUGGCUCUGCUGCA